CCCAUGCCGGGGGGCGGCGGCGACGGCAGCGGCCUGAAUAACGUGCACCACCACCCCCCGCACCCCCGUCACGAACUGAACAUGGCCCAUAACGCGAGCGCGGCGGCCGGCGCCGCCAGCGCUAACAGCGCCAAGAGCGGCGGCUCCGAGGCGGCUCUCAAGGAGGGUGGAAGCGCCGCCGCGCUGUCCUCCUCCUCCUCCUCCUCCGCGGCGGCGUCCUCCUCUUCCUCCUCGGCGGGCCCGGGCUCGGCCAUGGAGACGGGGCUGCUCCCCAACCACAAACUGAAAACCGUUGGCGAAGCCCCCGCCGCACCGCCCCACCAGCAGCACCACCACCACCACCAUGCCCACCACCUGCACCACCAUGCCCACCACCUCCACCGCCACCACCACGCACUACAACAGCAGCUAAGCCAGUUCCAGCAGCAGCAGCAGCAGCGGCAGCAGCAUCCCAUUUCCAACAACAGUCUCAGCGGCGCGGGCAGUGGCACGGCUCAGCCCGGUCCCGACAUGGAGCAACCGCAACAUGGAGGGGCCAAGGACAGUGCCGGGGGCAGCCAGGCCGAGCCCCCGGGCCAGCCUCUGCUGAGCAAGCCGGGCGACGAGGACGACGCGCCGCCCAAGAUGGGGGAGCCGGCGGGCGGCCGCUACGAGCAGCCGGGCCUGGGCGCCCUGGGCGCGCAGCAGCAGCCGGUCGCCGUGCCCGGGGGCGGCGGCGGCGUCGGCGGCGGCGGCGUCGGCGGCGGCGUCGGCGGCCCGGCGGCCGUCUCGGAGUUUAAUAAUUACUAUGGCAGCGCUGCCCCAGCUAGCGGCGGCCCCGGCGGCCGCGCUGGGCCUUGCUUUGAUCAACAUGGCGGACAACAAAGCCCCGGGAUGGGGAUGAUGCACUCCGCCUCAGCUGCCGCCGGAGCCCCCAACAGCAUGGACCCCCUGCAGAACUCCCACGAAGGGUACCCCAACAGCCAGUACAACCAUUAUCCGGGCUACAGCCGGCCCAGCGCGGGCGGCGGCGGCGGCGGCGGCGGAGGAGGAGGAGGAGGCAGCGGAGGAGGAGGAGGAGGAGGAGGAGGAGGAGCAGGAGCGGGAGCUGUGGCGGCGGCGGCCGCGGCGGCGGCGGCGGCAGCAGCAGCAGGAGGCGGCGGCGGCGGCUAUGGGGGCUCGUCCUCGGGGUACGGGGUGCUGAGCUCCCCCCGGCAGCAGGGCGGCGGCAUGAUGAUGGGCCCCGGGGGCGGCGGGGCCGCAAGCCUCAGCAAGGCGGCCGCCGGCGCGGCGGCGGGGGGCUUCCAGCGCUUCGCCGGGCAGAACCAGCACCCGUCGGGGGCCACUCCGACCCUCAACCAGCUGCUCACCUCGCCCAGCCCCAUGAUGAGGAGCUACGGCGGCAGCUACCCGGACUACAGCAGCCCCAGCGCGCCGCCGCCGCCGCCGCCGUCGCAGCCCCAGUCCCAGGCGGCGGCGGCGGGGGCGGCGGCGGGCGGCCAGCAGGCGGCCGCGGGCAUGGGCUUGGGCAAGGACAUGGGCGCCCAGUACGCCGCUGCCAGCCCGGCCUGGGCGGCCGCGCAACAAAGGAGCCACCCGGCGAUGAGCCCCGGCACCCCCGGCCCGACCAUGGGCAGAUCCCAGGGCAGCCCAAUGGAUCCCAUGGUGAUGAAGAGACCUCAGCUGUAUGGGAUGGGCAGUAACCCUCAUUCUCAGCCACAGCAGAGCAGCCCUUACCCGGCAGGUUCCUACGGCCCCCCAGGCCCACAGCGGUAUCCGAUUGGCAUUCAAGGUCGGACCCCAGGGGCCAUGGGAGGAAUGCAGUACCCACAGCAGCAGGUGCCGCCUCAGUAUGGCCAGCCAGGUGUGAGCGGUUACUGCCAGCAGGGCCAGCAGCCUUACUACAGCCAGCAGCCGCAGGCGCAGUAUCUGCCGUCCCAGCCCCAGCAGAGGUACCAGCCGCAGCAGGAUAUGUCUCAGGAAGGCUAUGGAACUAGGUCUCAACCUCCUCUGGCUCCUGGAAAACCCAACCAUGAAGACUUGAACUUAAUACAACAAGAAAGACCAUCAAGUUUACCAGACCUGUCUGGCUCCAUUGAUGACCUCCCCACGGGAACGGAAGCAACUUUGAGCUCAGCAGUCAGUGCAUCCGGGUCCACAAGCAGCCAAGGGGAUCAGAGCAACCCAGCUCAGUCGCCUUUCUCUCCACACGCAUCUCCCCAUCUCUCCAGCAUCCCUGGGGGCCCAUCGCCUUCUCCUGUCGGCUCUCCUGUAGGAAGCAACCAGUCACGAUCUGGCCCAAUUUCUCCUGCAAGUAUUCCAGGCAGUCAGAUGCCUCCUCAGCCACCUGGGAGCCAGUCAGAAUCCAGUUCUCAUCCUGCCUUGAGCCAGUCACCAAUGCCACAGGAAAGAGGUUUUAUGGCAGGCACACAAAGAAACCCUCAGAUGUCUCAAUAUGGACCUCAACAGACAGGACCAUCCAUGUCGCCUCAUCCUUCUCCUGGAGGCCAGAUGCAUCCUGGAAUCAGUAGCUUUCAGCAGAGUAACUCAAGUGGGACUUACGGUCCACAGAUGAGCCAGUAUGGACCACAAGGUAACUACUCCAGACCCCCAACAUAUAGUGGGGUGCCCAGUGCAAGCUACAGCGGCCCAGGGCCCGGCAUGGGCAUCAAUGCCAACAGCCAGAUGCAUGGACAAGGGCCAAGCCAGCCGUGUGGUGCUAUGCCCCUGGGACGAAUGCCAUCAGCUGGGAUGCAGAACAGACCCUUUCCUGGAAAUAUGAGCAGCAUGACCCCUAGUUCUCCUGGCAUGUCUCAGCAGGGAGGGCCAGGAAUGGGGCCACCAAUGCCAACCGUGAACCGUAAGGCACAGGAGGCAGCUGCCGCAGUGAUGCAGGCCGCUGCGAACUCGGCACAAAGCAGGCCACCGCACAUUAGGUCGCCUGCGUACCCCAGCCAGCCUGGGGCUGGCGGACGCCCCAUGUUUUCUUCCCAGCACCCCAGCUAUGGCAACUCUCAGGCUCCCAUGCUGAACCAGCCUGACCAGUACGGGCAAGGCGGCUUUCCCGGCGUGAAUCAGAGCGGACUCAUGGCUUCCAGCUCUCCCUACAGCCAGCCCAUGAGCAACAGCUCUGGGCUGAUGAACACCCAGGCGCCCCCCUACAGCAUGACGCCCAAUAUGGUGAACAGCUCAACAGAUAUGAUGUCUCCUGGUGAAUCCAAACUGCCCCUGCCUCUCAAAGCAGAUGGUAAAGAAGAAGGCACUGCACAGCCGGAGAGCAAGUCGAAGGAUAGCUACAGCUCUCAGGGUAUUUCUCAGCCCCCAACCCCCGGCAACCUGCCAGUCCCUUCCCCAAUGUCCCCCAGCUCUGCUAGCAUCUCCUCAUUUCAUGGAGAUGAAAGUGAUAGCAUUAGCAGCCCAGGCUGGCCAAAGACUCCAUCAAGCCCUAAGUCCAGCUCAUCCACCACCACUGGCGAAAAGAUCACAAAGGUGUAUGAAUUGGGGAAUGAGCCAGAGAGAAAGCUUUGGGUAGACCGAUACCUCACCUUCAUGGAGGAGAGAGGCUCCCCGGUCUCAAGUCUGCCUGCGGUGGGCAAGAAGCCCUUGGACCUGUUCCGACUCUAUGUCUGCGUUAAAGAGAUUGGAGGUUUGGCACAGGUUAAUAAAAACAAGAAGUGGCGCGAGCUGGCAACCAACCUAAAUGUCGGCACUUCAAGCAGUGCAGCGAGCUCCCUGAAAAAGCAGUAUAUUCAGUACCUGUUUGCCUUUGAGUGCAAGACUGAGCGAGGGGAGGAGCCCCCGCCGGAAGUCUUCAGCACGGGAGACACCAAGAAGCAGCCCAAGCUCCAGCCGCCCUCUCCUGCUAACUCAGGAUCCUUGCAAGGUCCACAGACUCCCCAGUCAACUGGCAGUAAUUCCAUGGCAGAGGUUCCAGGUGACCUGAAGCCACCGACUCCGGCCUCCACCCCUCACGGACAGAUUACCCCAAUGCAAGGUGGAAGAAGCAGUACAGUCAGUGUGCACGACCCAUUCUCAGACGCAAGUGAUUCAUCAUUCCCAAAACGCAACUCCAUGACUCCGAGCGCCCCGUACCAGCAGGGCAUGAGCAUGCCAGAAGUGAUGGGCAGGAUGCCCUACGAGCCCAACAAGGACCCCUUUGGAGGAAUGAGAAAAGUGCCUGGAAGUAGCGAGCCGUUUAUGACGCAAGGACAGAUGGCCGCCAGCAGCAUGCAGGACAUGUACAACCAGAGUCCGUCUGGAGCGAUGUCCAGUCUAGGCAUGGGGCAGCGGCAGCCGUUUCCCUAUGGAGCCAGUUACGAUCGAAGGCAUGAACCUUACGGGCAACAGUACCCAGGCCAAGGCCCUCCCUCAGGACAGCCAGCAUAUGGAGGACACCAGCCGGGCCUGUAUCCACAGCAGACGAAUUACAAGCGCCAUAUGGAUGGCGUGUAUGGGCCUCCAGCCAAACGCCACGAGGGAGACAUGUACAACAUGCAGUACGGCAACCAGCAGCAAGAGAUGUAUAACCAGUACGGAAGUUCCUACUCCGGACCCGACAGGAGGCCCAUCCAGGGACAGUACCCGUACCCCUACACCAGGGAGAGGAUGCAAGGCCCGGGGCAGAUACAGGCACACGGGAUCCCACCCCAGAUGAUGGGCGGCCCAAUGCAGUCGUCUUCCAGCGAAGGGCCUCAGCAGAGUAUGUGGGCGACACGCAACGAUAUGCCUUAUCCCUACCAGAGCAGGCAAGGCCCCGGCGGCCCUGCACAGACACCUCCUUACCCAGGCAUGAACCGCACGGACGACAUGAUGGUACCUGAUCAAAGGAUAAACCACGAGAGCCAGUGGCCUUCUCACGUCAGCCAGCGUCAGCCUUACAUGUCCUCUUCAGCCUCCAUGCAGCCCAUCACGCGCCCGCCUCAGUCAUCCUACCAGACGCCACCGUCGCUGCCAAAUCAUAUCUCCAGGGCGCCCAGCCCCGCCUCCUUCCAGCGCUCCCUGGAGAGCCGCAUGUCUCCCAGCAAGUCCCCCUUCCUCCCCUCCAUGAAGAUGCAGAAGGUCAUGCCCACCGUCCCCACGGCCCAGGUCACGGGGCCGGCCCCCCAGCCGCCCCCAGUCAGAAGGGAGAUUACCUUUCCUCCUGGCUCUGUGGAAGCGUCACAGCCCGUCUUGAAACAGAGGCGGAAGAUUACCUCAAAAGAUAUUGUUACUCCUGAGGCCUGGCGUGUGAUGAUGUCCCUUAAGUCAGGUCUUCUGGCUGAAAGUACUUGGGCUUUGGACACUAUUAAUAUUCUUCUAUAUGAUGACAGCACUGUCGCUACUUUCAAUCUCUCCCAGUUGUCCGGAUUUCUCGAACUUUUAGUAGAGUACUUUAGGAAAUGCCUGAUUGACAUUUUUGGGAUUCUUAUGGAAUAUGAAGUGGGAGACCCCAGCCAAAAAGCACUUGAUCACAAUGUGGUAAAGAGAGAUGACAGCCAGUCCUUGGCCGACGAUUCUGGGAAAGAGGAAGAAGAUGCCGAAUGUAUUGAUGAGGAGGAAGACGAGGAGGAGGACGAGGAGGAAGACGGUGGGAAGGCGGAGACUGAGGACAGGAGCAGCAUGGCCUUGGCCUCCCCCGAUGCCACCGCGGAUCCAAAGGAGAAGCCCAGGCAAGCCAGUAAGUUCGACAAGCUGCCAAUAAAGAUAGUCAAAAAGAACAACCUGUUUGUCGUCGACCGGUCUGACAAGCUGGGCCGUGUUCAGGAGUUCAGCAGUGGACUUCUGCACUGGCAGCUCGGUGGCGGGGACACCACCGAGCACAUCCAGACUCACUUUGAGAGCAAGAUGGAAAUUCCUCCUCGCAGGCGUCCACCUCCCCCUUUAAGCGCCACAGGUAGAAAGAAAGAGCAAGAAGGCAAAGGGGACCCUGAAGAGCAGCAAGAGAAGAGCAUCAUUGCAACCAUUGAUGACGUCCUGUCUGCUCGGCCAGGGGCUCUUCCUGAAGACGCAAACCCUGGUACCCAAACCGAAAGCAGUAAGUUUCCCUUUGGAAUCCAUCAAGCCAAAAGUCACCGCAAUAUCAAGCUGCUGGAGGACGAGCCGCGGAGCCGGGACGAGGCUCCGCUCUGCACCGUCGCGCACUGGCAGGACUCGCUGGCUAAGCGCUGCAUCUGCGUGUCGAAUAUUGUCCGGAGCUUGUCUUUUGUGCCUGGGAAUGACGCUGAAAUGUCCAAACAUCCAGGCUUGGUGCUGAUCCUGGGGAAGCUGAUUCUUCUUCACCACGAGCAUCCCGAGAGAAAACGAGCGCCGCAGACCUACGAGAAGGAGGAAGACGAGGACAAAGGGGUGGCCUGCAGCAAAGAUGAGUGGUGGUGGGACUGCCUCGAGGUCUUAAGGGAUAACACGUUGGUCACCUUGGCCAACAUUUCUGGGCAGCUAGACUUGUCUGCUUACACGGAAAGCAUCUGCUUGCCAAUAUUGGAUGGCUUGCUGCACUGGAUGGUGUGCCCGUCAGCAGAGGCACAAGACCCCUUUCCCACUGUGGGACCCAACUCUGUCCUGUCGCCUCAGAGACUUGUGCUGGAGACGCUCUGUAAACUCAGCAUCCAGGACAACAAUGUGGACCUGAUCUUGGCUACGCCUCCAUUUAGUCGUCAGGAGAAAUUCUAUGCCACGUUAGUUAGGUACGUUGGGGAUCGCAAAAACCCAGUCUGUCGAGAAAUGUCCAUGGCGCUUUUAUCGAACCUUGCCCAAGGGGACGCGCUGGCUGCAAGGGCCAUAGCUGUGCAGAAAGGAAGCAUCGGGAACUUGAUAAGCUUCCUAGAGGAUGGGGUCACGAUGGCCCAGUAUCAGCAGAGCCAGCAUAACCUCAUGCACAUGCAGCCCCCGCCUCUAGAGCCCCCUAGCGUGGACAUGAUGUGCAGGGCGGCCAAGGCUCUGCUGGCCAUGGCCAGAGUGGACGAGAACCGCUCAGAGUUCCUUCUGCACGAGGGUCGAUUGCUGGAUAUCUCGAUAUCAGCCGUCCUGAACUCUCUGGUUGCGUCUGUCAUCUGUGAUGUACUGUUUCAGAUUGGGCAGUUAUGACAUCAGUGAGAAGGCAGCAUGUGUGAGUGAAGACUAGAGGCUCCCGUAUAACUGGCUGUUUUCUGUUCUUGUUUCUCCAGUGUAGGAAGAUGGAAAGAAAAUCUUUGCUCCUCUGCCCCAUCCACUAUUUACCAAUUGGGAAUUAAAGAGAUAAUUAAUUCGAACAGUUAUGAAAUUAAUAUUUGCCAUCUGUGUGUAUAAGUACAUCCUUUUGGGGUUUUUUUUAUUUUGUUUUUUUUUUUUUUUUAACCAAAGUUGCUGUCUAGUGCAUUCAAAGGUCACUUUUUGUUUUUCACCGGUUUUCUUUUUAAUGUGCUUUUCCAUGUCUUACUGCAUUUUUUGGGAAGCGAAUUGACUUUAAAGAAAAAAGCUAGGGUAAAAGAUGCUAAGAUGGGAAAAUUUCACCACACUGAGGCAAAAAGGUGAAAAAUUAUCAAUUUCCUAGCUGUGUUAUUCUUCAAAUAAUGAAAAAAUUAAAACUGCAUCCCAUCGCCCAAAGCUCUGUGCAAUAGAAACUUCUAGAGAUGUAGGUAUAGGGGCUCACGGAGGUGUGUCAGUCAGCAGUCAAAGUAUGAAAUGAUACUGGUUUCUCCACAGGAAAAUGGUUACAUUAGGCUAGGAGCAAAAACAAUGUUUCUUUAAGUUAAGAUUGAAAACACAUACCUGACAACGAUCAACAGAAAUUGCUUCCUCACCACUACCGUCAUGUCUGCUGUCUGUUGUUUGACCUUCCACAUGACAGUUCUUCACAAUUCCUUUAAUCAUUUUUUAAAUAUUUUUUUUACUGCCUAUGGGCUGUGAUGUAUAUAGAAGUUGUACAUUAAACAUACCCUCAUUUUUUCUUUUCUUUUUCUUUUCCUUUUUUUUUUUUUUUUUAGUACAGAGUUUUUAGUUUCUUUUUCAUGAUGUGGUAACUACGAAGUGAUGGUAGAUUUAAAUAAUUUUUUAUUUUUAUUUUAUAUAUUUUUUCAUUAGGGCCAUAUCUCCAAAAAAAAAAGAAAAAAUACAAAAACAAACAAAAAAAACAAAAAAAAAGAGGGUAAUGUACAAGUUUCUGUAUGUAUAAAGUCAUGCUCUAUUUCGGGAGAGCAGCUGAUCACAAUUUGCUUCAUGAAUCAAGGUGUGGAAAUGGUUGCAUAUGGAUUGAUUUAGACAAUGGUUACCAGUACAGACAAAAAGAAAAAAAUACAACUAAAAGGAAGAAACACAACUUCAAAGAUUUUUCAGUGAAGAGAAUCCACAUUUGUAUUUCAAGAUAAUGUAGUUUAAAAAAAAAAGAAAAAAACUUGAUGUAAAUUCCUCCUUUUCCUCUGGCUUAAUGAAUAUCAUUUAUUCAGUAUAAAAUCUUUAUAUGUUCCACAUGUUAAGAAUAAAUGUACAUUAAAUCUUGUUAAGCACUGUGAUGGGUGUUCUUGAAUACUGUUCUAGUUUCCUUAAAGUUGUUUCAUAGUAACCAAGUAACAAAUAGGGGGAAAACAGCCGUGUACUAACAUAGCCCCUCGUUAAGAAACCCUGAGGUCGGGAGGGACCUUUAAGGGUUACCUACUUGAGAGUGGGGAGCAACAGUUUGAUUUUCUCAAAGUAUUUAGCUAAUUAGUCUUUGUUUGAAGCGAUCAACUCUAACAACAUUGAGGUAUGAGAAUUUUCAGUGUGCAUGGGAGGUGGCUGCCGGCCCUUGAGGUGAGAUCCCAGGAGCUCACUGGCCUGCCAGGUUAACACCCUGCCUUUUUCUAUCCCCAUCUUAAUUUCGAUCAGAGUUCAAUCUAUUCCAUGUUUCUCUUGUGUGCCUCAAAGUUAUUUUGCAUUAGUUUACUCCACCGUGUAUAAUAUUUAUAUUGUGCAAUGUUAAAAAGAAUAUGUUAUAUUGUAUGUGGUGUACAUAGUGCAAAGUGAUUAUUUCUAUUUCAGGGCAUAUUAAUAUCCUCAUAUUCCUUCCUACCCGGUGCACAGCAGCUUUUUAAUACUUGUCACUUCUAAUUUAAACUUUUUCUUCCUGGGUCGUUGACUGCUAUUAUGUAACAAUCAGUUUCUUUGAAACGGCUGCAGAGUUCAGCUGUUAGUGGACACCCUUCUGACUCUACCUCUUCGCACCACCUUACAAUCUCAGCAGACUCAGAAAUUCCAAGUCCAUUCGCCAGACCUGUUACCCGGGCACACAUUACUCACGAUAAUACAUGGAAGAGUUAGACGAGAGCGCUCAGUUAUCAUCAGAGUGUGAAACAGGACUCCAGUGUUACAAGACAACAUUUUUUCUGCAAGCGUUCUCAUCAUCUGGCAACUCCCACAUUACUCAGUCUUCUUAUAUAAUAAGGCAGCCAAAUAUAUGUUGAAUUUAAAACCCAUUUAUAAUUCUACUUUAAAUACAUCUGCUUGCUAAGAACAGAUUCUAGUGCUCCAACCUUCAAAUAUGGAGACUUGUAAGAGGGAAUUCAAUAUUAUUCUAAUUUCUCUCUUACAGAGUAUGAAUAAAAGGUAUACACAAACUUGGAAGUUUGUCAAUCAAAAGAGUAAAAUCAUUACAAAAGACUGUUGUUGUCAUGGUUGUUAUCGAUACCUAGAGUCUGAGCAAAAAGAUUUUACAUACGAUACACAGCAUAAUCUCUAUAAUAAUCCAGGAAGAUUUUAGCAUCCUUUCUACAUUUUCACCCCAGAAUGAAGACUACAGAAGCCCAUGAAGAACUUACAACCUGCCUGAGAUCAUCUUGCCUACAAACUGAGUUAUUGCUUUGUCCUAAAAAUGAGUUGGUUUUUUUUUUCCUAUGAGGCUUUUCAGAAAUUUACAGGAUGCCCAUACUUUAAAUGUGUACCAAAAAAAAAGAUUAAAAUAAAGGUGCAAAGAAAGUUUAGUA